AUGGAUCACCCAGCGAAGUGGAGAACACCACUACUCGAGCAUCUGUAUCUCAAGCUCUUUCAGUUCUUGAUGCUAACUAGUCCUUUUUACUUCUGUUCAGGCAUCAUCCAGGUGAACAAGACAGUGAAAGAAGUAGCAGUACUAUCCUGUGAUUACAACAUUUCCACUGAAGAACUGAUGAAAGUUCGAAUCUAUUGGCAAAAGGAUGAUGAAAUGGUGUUGGCCAUCAUGUCUGGAAAAGAGCAAGUGUGGUCCAAGUAUGAGAAUCGCACCUUCACUGACUUCACCAAGAACCUCUCCAUUGUGAUCCUGGCUCUGCGCCUGUCGGACAAUGGCAAAUACACCUGUAUCGUUCAAAAGAUUGAAAAAGGCUCUUACAAAGUGAAACACAUGACUUCGGUGAUGUUAUUGGUCAGAGCUGACUUCCCUGUCCCUAGUAUAACUGACCUUGGAAAUCCAUCCCGUAACAUCAAAAGGAUAAUGUGUUCAACCUCUGGAGGUUUUCCAAAGCCUCACCUCUCCUGGUUAGAAAAUGAAGAAGAAUUAAAUGCCAUCAACACAACAGUUUCCCAAGAUCCUGAAACUGAGCUCUACACUAUCAGCAGUGAACUGGAUUUCAAUAUAACAAACAACCAUAGCUUUGUGUGUCUUGUCAAGUAUGGAGACUUAGCAGUAUCACAGAUCUUCAACUGGCAAAAAUCCGUUGAGCCACCCCCUCCUGAUAAUUCACUCCCACUCUGGGUCAUCUUAGUAGUAAGUGGGAUUUUUGUGAUCACUGUCAUUAAAGGAAGCUGCUUAGCCUGCAGACUUGCUGCAAGAUGUAGAAGGAGAACAAGGAAUGAGGAGGGCAUGGACAUGGAAAAGAUCACUCCUAUCUACAUAGGAUCUGCCCAAGCAUCCGUAUGA